AUGGCUUUAUCAACAAUACAGAAGGUGGCUCUGUUCUCUGGUCUUGUGCUUUGUGUGUCUCUGCUUCUUCCCAAAACCUUUUUAUCCAGAGGGAAACAGCCUGGGCAGCAAGAGGGAAACCCCGGGCGCUUUCCUGCUGCAGCGCCCCACACAAAGCCCACCGAUGGAAGGACUGCGGGUUCCCAUUUCCCAAGAUCCCAUGUUUCGGAAGCUAUGGCAAAAGCAAAAGCUGGUAGCGGGGGAGGCGGAGGUAGCGGAACCAGACAAAGUCUUGUGGGUCAAAUUAUACCAAUUUAUGGCUUCGGAAUUCUCUUGUACAUUCUUUACAUCCUCUUUAAGCUUUCAUCUAGAAGCAACAGCCCCAAAAUUGAACCUAAAAGUGCCCCAAUUGCCAAUGGAAACCUGAAGAGGAAAAUCACCGACUACGAGCUUAGCCAACUACAAGAUAAACUUAAGGAAACAGAAGAAGCCAUGGAGAAAAUUAUCUCCCGCUUGGGACCAAACUGUGAGAGAGUUGAGAAUAAUGUGAGUAACGAUGAGGAACAGCAGCUCCUGCGGAGAUUAAAAGACAUUACUAGAGUCAUGAAGGAGGGAAAGCUUCUGGAUGGGAUGAGUCCUGAACAGGAAGCGGAGGAAGCUCCAUAUAUGGAGGACUGGGAAGGAUACCCAGAUGAGACAUAUCCUAUUUUUAAUGAAGCGGACCAAAGGCGGAAACAUGACACUAUUUUUGUCGAUCGUACGUUACUGACCCAACCUUCAGCUGAAGAGAUAGCAGAGAGCAUGGAGUUUGCAGAUGAUGAAACUCCUCUUUUCACAGAAUGUUUGGUGGAGGAAAUUAUUGCAAACUUAAAUGAAGAGUCUAAUAAUUCUUCCCAAGUCAACUUUGUUGCUCCAAAGGAGGUCUCCAUUUCCAAUAGAGACAAUGAUAAAUGUCAGCGCUUUGAGGAAGACGAUCCAGCUGUCAUUGCGGAAAAUGCAGAUUUUAUCUCUGACAGCUGCAGUGAUCCAGGGGAACAAUGUGUUGAUGAAUUCUUUGUAGACUCUGAAGAUGACAAGGAGUCAUCUGCAGAAAUCAACAGCUCUAAUGAAGAUGACUUUGGUACAUUAAGGAAAAGGAAUAAAAAGGGUCUUGAAUACUAAACAUCCUUAAACUUAUUAACAUUAAUCCUUUUACUACCAUAAGGGGUCAGUUAUAUAUUGUCCGGGUUCAGCAACUAUCAACACUCACAUCGACGCAGUAAAGCCACAGCAUUUGGCCAUACGGUAUUAGUGAUUACUGAAGUUUGCUCAGAUAUCAUCAUGUUUUCUAAUAUUAUAUCUUCAGCAAUUUGGCAUGCUGAAAGUAUCUUGUUUUAGUGUAAAAAGAUUCUUGCGUAGGGUUCUGAUGACAUCUGCUGGUACAUAGAAGAUCUACUCGGGUUCUAUUGACUUCUUUGUAUUAUACAUAUUGCACAUGUGGUAAAUGUGUAAAAACACAAAGUAAUAAUACGUAUUAUGUAUAUUUUUUUGCAUGCAUUAUUAUCUUUGCAGUAAAAAAAUAAAGUUUA